AUGCAGAACGACUCACCACUCGAUGAAUAUGCCUACGACAGCUCGUCGGACGGGUCCUGUGCGCUCGUCGCGGCGGAUGAUCGAUCCUUGUCCCUGUACAUGAUGUCAGUCACAGCGACAACCUCUGCAAGGUCAAACGACAUGUGCGUUGCUGGUACUCACCCACGCUACCGCACCCAAUUGUAGUGCCCCAACCUCAACUCCCGCCGCCCCCUGGACCCCUGUCUGGCACUAUACCCCGCCGGAUGCGCUCUUAUCCUUCCAAUGGUUCCCCCACGCAUCGCCUUCGAACCCACCUUACUUUGCCUUCGUCGUCGCCGUCAAGGAUCAUCCUGUCCAGCUACUCGAUGGGGCUGAUCAUCGUGUGCGUACGGCGCUUGACGGACGAGAACUCUGCCCGGCUCGGGAAAACAUCGGAAGCUGAUCUUUUUCCUGUUCGUGCGCAUCGCAGUUAAGGGCGACUUACGCCAUCAUCGACCACCAAGAACGCUUCGUUGCUCCUCAUUCCAUGGUAUUCACACCCGAUGGGUCACAGUGAGUAAUGCUCGCGGGAUUGAAUGAGAGAACCUACCUGGCUUGAGAUCACUCACUGUGUGCCACAACUCGCCUCACAGUCUCAUUUGCGGAUACGACAAUGCGCUCGAGAUCUUUGACGUCUCAUUACCAGGUGCACAAGGAAUCCGGAUACCCACUUCCCCAACCAAGAAGAGUCGCUCCGGACAAAAAGGUGAGCGAAACGAACCGGGCCGGACAACAAGGCGGAUCCUUCCGUGCUGACCGUGCUAUCUACUUCCUCAGGCAUCAUCUCGAGCCUCGCAAUCUCCCCUGAUGCGACUUUCGUUGCUGCAGGAUCGUUCUCUGGAUCGGUCGGUCUCUAUGACUUGACCUUUGAUGCCAAGUUGAUGAAAGUGAUACGCACGAAUGAAAGGGGCGGAGUCACCCAGGUCAGCUUUCAAGUCUCAUUCUAGAUCAACCUCGGAAAUUCUGACCAUUCCGUCUUUCCACGUCCCAGGUUUUAUUCCACCCCUCCGGCCAUCUACUCUACGUCGCCUCUCGACUCUCUCGAUCGAUCGAAGUCAUCGAUAUGAGGAAUCUCAACAAGCCUUUGGGGAGAUAUCCUCGUCGAGCGAGGACGAAUCAACGACUAGGCAUCGAUGUCGAUCCUUCUGGAACGUGGUUGGUCGCUGGAGAUGUUGUAGGUACCCCCAAUAUACAUUCCAAGCGUCGGAUUGCUGAUCUUGAUCCCAUGUCAAUAGACCGGCAAGAUCUCCUUCUACUCAGCCGAAUUCGACCCUCUCAACGCCACGCCUUUCUACUCUUUCAAAGCCGCUCAAGAACCGAUAGGUUCCUGCCACUAUGUACCCGGGACAAAUCAGUUGAUGACGUGUUCCGGAUCGAGGAAGUUUCAAAUUAUGGGUUUUGGAGAUACUUCGAGUGGAAGCGACUCCGAGUCGGAUGGUGGAACCGGGCCCGAGACAGAGACGGCGACAAAGCCGACCGCGCGAGGGGAUUCUCUGCAAUUAUGGGACCAGACCUAA